AUGGCUGGUGCUGUAGCUGAACUAGUGGACCAUCCCGAUGAGGAUCUGAAGCAAGAGAAAAUCACCAUCGACUCUAGUCGUGCUUCGCAAUCGGAUACCGCGGGCUUGGUUCGGCGCAAGCCACGUAUCGAAGACUUCGUUUUCUACGCCAAACGACAGCGUCGGGCCGAACUGAACGAGCGGCAGGGCCGACAAAACUUUGCCUACCGCCUGCUUGGCUUCGCUCACAACAUUGCCCCUGCAGACACUCAUGUCGACGAUCACGAUGUCGACGACGAGCAGAUUGCCGGCCUAACCGUCACCGAGGCGGAGAAGGUGAACGCGUGGCGAGCCUUGCGCCAGGCUACGUGGGCGGGAGCCUUCUAUCUUUGCACCACCGAUAUCCUCGGGCCCUUCAAUGCCCCUUAUGCAUUUCGCGUCAAUGGAUACGUCCCAGGCGCUCUGCUUUACGUCUUUAUGGGCGCUGCUGCCUUCUACUGCGGCGGCCUGCUGUGGUAUCUUUAUGUCCAGCUUGACAGCGAUCGUUUCCCUGUCAAGAGCUACAGCGACAUCACCGAAAGGGUGGCAGGUCCAUGGCUGAGAAUUUUCGUCACUUGGCUUGUCUUUAUCCACAUGAUUGUUAACAUUGGCACGACAUCCCUCAGCUCGGCGCAGUCUCUAUAUCAGCUUGCCAAGGGUCAUAUCUGCUUUGUCGUGGCCAUUGUCAUCUGGAUCAUUGUCGGAUGCAUGCUAAAUCAGAUUCGCACGCUGAAGAAGUACGGCUGGAUUGCGAGCAUGGCAAUCUGGCUAAACCUCUUGGUCAUCUUUCUGUCAAUGGGUUUCAUUGCACACUCCUCCCCGAAUUACGCCGCGGCCAAGGCCUCUUACGGCGUCACGAAAGGCCCCGUUGUCACGCAAGCAUUCGCCACCUAUCCCUUCUACGAGCGCAUCAACGGCGUCAUGAAUAUCGUGUACGCCUACGGUGGCGCCACCAUCUUUCCCCAAAUCAUCGCCGAAAUGCGGAGACCGAUGGACUUUCUCAAGGCUUUCUCUCUGUCUCAAACCAUCAUCUUUACCAUCUACUUCGUCUAUGGACUCUACGUCUACUCAUUCCAGGGACAGUUCACCCUAGCCGUGGCAUUCCAGGGUGUAAGCAGAUAUUCAUGGCAAACUGUCGGCAACGUACUCAGUCUCAUCUCCGGCAUAAUCGCCGGCGGUCUGUACGGCAACAUCGGCCUCAAGAUCUUCUACGUCAACGUGGUCGAGCGCUACCUGCGCGGUCCCCCGCUGCUGACCAAACGCGGCCGCAUCUGCUGGAGCGUCGUCGUCCUCGUCUUCUGGUGGGUCGGCUUCGUCAUCGCAGCCGGGAUCCCUCAAGUCCAAACCCUGUCAGGCAUGGUGGGCGCGGUGGCCAAUAUGCAGUUCACCUACAGCUUCCCCACGGGCUUCACUUUCCUUUACCUCGUCCAGCUGGACGCGACCACCGAGGACCAGCCGUAUCGGCCGAACAACACCAUCACUCGAAAGGACAGCUGGAGCGACUGGAGUCGAUGGCACAGGGGCUUGUUCGGCAAGAAGGAGUCGCGAAGCAUCAAACUUCAAUUGUUCAAAUGGCUGAACUUCUGGAUGUCCAUGGCUGCGCUCGCCACGGCUGGCCUGGGUAUCUACGGUUCAGGGCUUUCUAUUGCUGCCACUUUCAAGACCUCGGCGGCGAGCUCGUUCACUUGCGCGGCGCCAGUAUAG